AUGAAGUUCUUCACCAGCAUCCUCGCCCUUGCCACCAUCGCUUCUGCAGCAUCAACCCCCAAGAUGGAACGUCGCACAGCAGUUGUCGAGAAGCGAGCAUCGGCUCUUUGCGGCCCUCUCGACACACCCAUGUGCUGUGGCACUGAUGUUCUUGGUCUUGCCGACCUCACCUGUUCCUCUGUCCCAAACACUGUCACAACCACUGAUGACUUCACCGCAUACUGCUCCAGUGGUGGCAAGACUGCUGAGUGCUGUGUCACUUCGCUGCUCGGCAGUCUCGGUGUCGCAUGCGGCGCCGCCUAA